CUUUAAUCCAACGGACAUUUUUUUUGUCUUUUCCUUCCGUGGCUGCAAACCCACUCUUCCGUGGGCGUCCUCACCUCAGAGUCUGCUGCUAAGACGAGUAUUGUGACUCCCGUCAUCCAUCGUUCCGGCGUUUCCUUGCCAGGGAACGGCACCUUUUCAGGUGGGCUAUAUCUGGUGCAGGAGCUGGAACGUCGAUUUCAUCUCCGAUUUGAAAUUCAGAUCUGAAUCCAAAGUCCAGAUCUCCGGUGGGCCAGCGGCGAGCUUCCAGAUCUUUAAUCUCCUCUAUCUUAGAUCAUUGGCAUCCGCGCCGCCGCUGGAUCUGUCGCUGAAAGGUGCCGCCUCUAGAGGGUCGCUCGCUGCCAUUAGAAGCUAGCAGUCUCACGCUGUUCGUCCAACCUCGUCGGCGCUGCUAGCCACCAUCGUUGCUCGCCGUACAUUUCGGCUUUUUGCUGCUAGAAACAGAGGAUAGAGACCGCCCAGAUGCGUUGUUACCUAGUAGGCUACCGAAGCGGAGAAGUCCGGAUCUGCCACACAAAAUAAGAUGGUAGUCCUAUAGUGUGGUCUGCGCCAGCCAGUUCUUGUUGACUGAUGAGCAUUUGGUGGAUGGUUAACUUGUAGAAUACUAGUAUUCCAUCUCAGUAUCCAAAGAUAUCAAGUUCAUCAUGAAUAUAGAGUCAGAAUUGCCUGUGGCUGAAAAAGGAGAACAAGCCAACUUCAAUGCAUUUUGUAACUUUAAUGCUUCUGAGCAGAUAGAUUGCUUCAGUAAUAUGGCCACAGAACUAUCUGCAUCAAAUAAUCACGCCGUGAGUAGUAUCCCUGAUGUACUCCACUUGAAGGUUGGAUGUGCAGACAUUCCAGCGCACAAGAUCUCGGAGUUGAUGAAGCUAAAGAGUUUGGAGAAUUCCUCUUCCCGGUCAUUAUUCAGUGCUGUGAAUUACAUUCUAGAUGAAAACAUAGAGAGAAAGAAUGGAGAUAUUCCUCAGUCUGCAACAUCGCUGCUAAAGCUAGUUCUGCAAGAAAUUGAGCAUCGGGUUUCAAAACAAUCGGAAAAUUUGAAAAAGCAAAAUAGCCUCUACAAGUCUCAUGAAGUAAAGUAUCAAUUAAGAGAAAGGGUUUUGGAGACCCUUAGAACAGGAACUGCCGAAGAACACGAGAUUGAGAAGGUUGACUUUGAGGAGAAAGACAAACGUAGACAGCAAGAAAUCAGUGAUUUUAAGAAAGAUAAAGAUAAUUAUGAGAUGAAGAUUUCUUCAUUAAACCAUGAUUUGGAGCUAACCAAAAAGAAACAUGAAGAGAAAUGUUUGCAGCUAGAAUCACAAACAGAUAAAACUAGAAUUGAAUUAGGGAAGAAGAUAAUGGAACUUGAGUGUCUUCUGAGUGAUUCAAGGAAGAAGGUGGAAGAGCUUGAAGCCUUUUCAGAAUCAAAGUUUCUGACAUGGCAAAAGAAAGAACAUGGCUAUAAAGUCUUCACAGAAUCUCAGUUUAGAUCUUUACAGGCACUGAGAGUGGCAUCUGAGUCCUUGAAGCAGGAAGUUUUUCAGACCAAGAAGAUCUAUGCUGAAGAACUAAACCGCUUUGGACUAGAUCUCAACGGGUUAAUAGAAGCUGCUCAGAAUUACCAUACAGUGCUUGACGAGAAUAGAAGACUAUACAAUGAGGUGCAAGACUUGAAAGGGAACAUCAGAGUAUACUGCCGAAUACGGCCAUUCUUGCCAAACCAAAGCCAGAUAAGAACAACUAUGGACUACAUUGGUGAUAAUGGAGAACUGGUUGUUGUGAAUCCUUUGAAGCAAGGAAAAGACAACCACCGUGUCUUCAAAUUCAACAAAGUCUUUUCUCCUACUGCUACUCAAGAGGAUGUAUUUCGAGACACCCAACCUUUAAUCAGAUCUGUUCUUGAUGGGUACAAUGUAUGCAUCUUUGCCUAUGGCCAGACUGGUUCUGGGAAAACAUAUACUAUGAGUGGACCCAACAUGUCAUCUAUGGAGGAUUGGGGUGUGAACUACCGAGCUUUGAAUGAUCUAUUCCUCAUUUCUCAAAGCAGAAAAAGCUCUAUAGCAUAUGAAGUUGGUGUUCAAAUGGUUGAAAUAUAUAAUGAACAAGUUCGUGACUUGCUCUCCACCGAAAGUACCCAGAAAAGGCUUGGGAUCUGGAAUACUACCCAACCAAAUGGGUUAGCUGUCCCUGAUGCUAGCAUGCAUCCUGUUAAAUCAACGACAGAUGUUUUAGAAUUGAUGAAAAUUGGUUUAAUGAAUAGAGCUGUUGGUGCUACUGCUCUCAACGAAAGAAGCAGUCGGUCCCACAGUGUACUUACUGUUCAUGUACGUGGGAUGGAAUUGGAGACGGAUGGGGUUUUACGUGGUUGUCUACAUUUGGUAGAUCUUGCUGGUAGUGAAAGAAUCGAUAGGUCCGAGGCCACAGGGGAUAGAUUACGGGAAGCACAACACAUAAACAAAUCUUUAUCUGCAUUGGGGGAUGUGAUAUUCGCUUUAGCGCAUAAAAGUUCUCAUGUACCAUACAGAAAUAGUAAACUGACUCAAGUUCUUCAAAGCUCUUUAGGUGGCCAUGCAAAGACACUCAUGUUUGUUCAGUUAAAUCCUGAUGCGGAGUCUUAUUCUGAAACUAUAAGUACUCUAAAGUUUGCUGAACGUGUAUCUGGAGUUGAGCUAGGAGCUGCAAGGAGUAACAAGGAGGGAAGAGGUGUAAAAGAGCUAAUGGAUCAGGUGGCUUUUCUAAAGAGCACAAUUGCAAAGAAAGAUGAGGAAAUAGGACGGUUGAGGAUACGGAGAACCAAUGCUGCAAAUGGUGAGAGACGUGGUCUUAAUGCACGAAGGAAUGGGCCGCCAUCUCCAGGACGUCAUUCUAUAGGGGGAGUCCUACAAAGCAAAGGAGAGCGAAGUUCUAGACUUUCUGAGAAAGCUGCUUCGGAAAAUAGUUCAGAGUAUAACAGUGAUAGGCUUUCUGAAGCUGGUUCUCAGCGGUCAAUGGAUGAGUUUAGGCAUCACAGUGGAUUCCUUCAAGAAUCAAGGUCAGGUAUGGUGAUUGCGGGUCCAGAUUUUGGUGAAGAAGAUGAUGAUAAGGAGCUCAUAGGAUUUGGUGACGGAGAUUCUGAAGAAAGAUUGAGUGAUAUUUCUGAUAGUGUUCUUUCUAUGGGAACAGAAGCGGAUUCCAUCAAUAGUAUUAUAGAGCACUCGUUUUUAUCUGGAGUUUCUAAUACUCCUUCGGAAAUCGCUGACAAGCCCAGCAUUCCAACGAAACCCACAAGAUUGCCGGAAAAGUCGGCUGCGCGGCUGUCUCGGUUGUCAUUGAGCAAAACUGCCUCUAAAGUUUCAAGUUCAAAAAAGGCGAUUACAGGAAGCUCUUCUACAACUAAACUUUCCAAAAGGUGGCAGUAAUUUCCUUAAAAACGCAUUCCUGCUUGUAAAAACGAGGGUCUCUGGUCUCUGCUUGUUCUGGAUAUAUAAUAUUGCUUUUUGGUCUUGUGGAAAGGAUCGCAAACCUGCACUUUGUAACAAGAUUCAAGGGAAAUUAUUCUUCAGUAUAAUUUAAUUAAACCCAACACCAUUUUUUCAAGAAGAUAUGGAGGAAAGUCCGAAGGAGACAAAUGGAAUCAGGACUUGUCCUUAGGGUGUAGGUGGAAAUUACUGUGCAUAUUUAACUGUGGCAACUAUUUUAUAUAGGGAUAUAAUGUCACACAAUAUGUCUGUCAUUUUCCUGUGUACUACAAAACUUGAAAAAAGACCCCCAUCAAAAGAACAAAUUAUAAGGUGAAGAAGAAUGCGAUAUGAUAAUAGUAUGCUGAUGAGCUGAUCUAGUUGUAGGGAGAUUGUCCUGCUAUGUAUUGCAUGUCCUGUAACCCAUAGCAUAUGGUUUGGAAUUUCAAAGUAAAACAAAACAAUUACAAAACAUUCAAAGAAAAAAUUAAACAGUUUG